CUCGCCCCGCCCUAGGCUGGGCUGGAAAGUGGAGGAUCCGGUUUGCCCUGGGCGGGUCUGGAAGCAGAGCAGGCCGAAGAAGAGCCGGGGCCCUGGGCUGCUGGAGGUUGCGGCGGCCGCGGCAGCAUGGUGGUGUCAGAGAAGGAGCAGAGCUGGAUCCCCAAGAUCUUCAAGAAGAAGACCUGUACGACGUUCAUAGUUGACUCCACAGAUCCGGGAGGGACCUUGUGCCAGUGUGGGCGCCCCCGGACCGCCCACCCUGCAGUGGCCAUGGAGGAUGCCUUCGGGGCAGCCGUGGUGACCGUGUGGGACAGCGAUGCACACACCACGGAGAAGCCCACCGAUGCCUACGGAGAGCUGGACUUCAUGGGGGCCGGCCGCAAGCACAGCAAUGGCUCAUUCCCUGCGAGGUACCGGUGGCACGGCGACCCGGAGGACGGGGUCCAGUUUCCCCUGGACUACAACUACUCGGCCUUCUUCCUGGUGGACGACGGCACGCACUGCCGCCUGGGGGGCGAGAGCCGCUUCCGCUUGCGCCUGGAGUCCUACAUCUCGCAGCAGAAGACGGGCGUGGGAGGGACUGGAAUUGACAUCCCUGUCCUGCUCCUCCUGAUCGACGGUGAUGAGAAGAUGUUGACGCAAAUAGAGAACGCCACCCAGGCUCAGCUCCCCUGUCUCCUCGUGGCCGGCUCUGGGGGAGCUGCGGACUGCCUGGCGGAGACCCUGGAAGACACUCUGGCCCCAGGGAGUGGGGGAGCCAGGCAAGGCGAAGCCCGGGAUCGAAUCAGGCGUUUCUUUCCCAAAGGGGACCCUGAGGUCCUGCAGGCCCAGGUGGAGAGGAUUAUGACCCGGAAGGAGCUCCUGACAGUCUAUUCUUCUGAGGAUGGGUCUGAGGAAUUCGAGACCAUAGUUUUGAAGGCCCUUGUGAAGGCCUGUGGGAGCUCGGAGGCCUCAGCCUACCUGGAUGAGCUGCGUUUGGCUGUAGCUUGGAACCGCGUGGACAUUGCCCAGAGUGAACUCUUUCGGGGGGACAUCCAAUGGCGGUCCUUCCAUCUCGAAGCCUCCCUCAUGGACGCCCUGCUGAAUGACCGGCCCGAGUUCGUGCGCUUGCUCAUCUCCCACGGCCUCAGCCUGGGCCGCUUUCUGACCCCGAUGCGCCUGGCCCAACUCUACGGCGCAGCGCCCCCCCACUCGCUCAUCCGCAACCUUUUGGACCAGGCGUCCCACAGCGCAGGCACCAAAGCCCUAGCCCAAAAAGGGGGAGCUGCGGAGCCCCGGCCCCCUGACGUGGGGCAUGUGCUGAGGAUGCUGCUGGGGAAGAUGUGCGCGCCGAGGUACCCCUCCGGGGGCGCCUGGGACCCUCACCCAGGCCAGGGCUUCGGGGAGAGCAUGUGUCUGCUCUCGGACAAGGCCACCUCGCUGCUCUCGCUGGAUGCUGACCUUGGGCAGGCCCCCUGGAGUGACCUGCUUAUUUGGGCACUGCUGCUGAACAGGGCACAGAUGGCCAUGUACUUCUGGGAGAUGGGUUCCAAUGCAGUUUCCUCAGCUCUUGGGGCCUGUUUGCUGCUCCGGGUGAUGGCACGUUUGGAGCCUGAUGCUGAGGAGGCAGCACGGAGGAAAGACCUGGCGAUCAAGUUUGAGGGGAUGGGCGUUGACCUCUUUGGUGAGUGCUAUCACAGCAGUGAGGUAAGGGCUGCCCGCCUCCUCCUCCGUCGCUGCCCGCUCUGGGGGGAUGCCACUUGCCUGCAGCUGGCCAUGCAAGCUGACGCCCGUGCCUUCUUUGCCCAGGAUGGGGUACAGUCUCUGCUGACACAGAAGUGGUGGGGAGAUAUGGCCAGCACUACACCCAUCUGGGCCCUGGUUCUUGCCUUCUUUUGCCCCCCACUCAUCUACACCCGCCUCAUCACCUUCAGGAAAUCAGAAGAGGAGCACACACGGGAGGAGCUACAGUUUGACAUGGAUAGUGCCGUUAACGGAGAAGGGCCUGUUGGGCUGACCCCGGGUUUGUACCACCUGGGCCGCACCAUCCUCUGCAUUGACUUCAUGGUUUUCACGGUGCGGCUGCUGCACAUCUUCACGGUCAACAAACAGCUGGGGCCCAAGAUAGUCAUCGUGAACAAGAUGAUGAAGGACGUGUUCUUCUUCCUCUUCUUCCUCGGCGUGUGGCUGGUGGCCUAUGGCGUGGCCACGGAGGGGCUCCUAAGGCCACGGGACAGUGAUCUCCCAAGUAUCCUGCGCCGCGUCUUCUACCGUCCUUACCUGCAGAUCUUCGGGCAGAUCCCCCAGGAGGACAUGGACGUGGCCCUCAUGGAGCACAGCAACUGCUCGUCGGAGCCCGGCUUCUGGGCACACCCUCCCCGGACCCAGGCGGGUGUCUGUGUCUCCCAGUAUGCCAACUGGCUGGUGGUGCUACUCCUCGUCAUCUUCCUGCUCGUGGCCAACAUCCUGCUGGUCAAUUUGCUCAUCGCCAUGUUCAGCUACACGUUCGGCAAAGUACAGGGCAACAGCGAUCUCUACUGGAAGGCGCAGCGCUACCGCCUCAUCCGGGAAUUCCACUCUCGGCCCACGCUGGCCCCGCCCUUUAUCGUCAUCUCCCACUUGCGCCUCCUGCUCAGGCAAUUGUGCAGGCGCCCCCGGAGCCCCCAGCCGUCCUCCCCGACCCUCGAGCAUUUCCUGGUCUGCCUUUCUAAGGAAGCCGAGCGGAAGCUGCUAACGUGGGAAUCGGUGCAUAAGGAGAACUUCCUGCUGGCACGCGCUAGGGACAAGCGGGAGAGCGACUCCGAGCGUCUGAAGCGCACGUCCCAGAAGGUGGACAUGGCACUGAAACAGCUGGGACACAUCCGCGAGUACGAACAGCGCCUGAAAGUGCUGGAGCGGGAGAUCCAGCACUGUAGCCGCGUCCUCGGGUGGGUGGCCGAGGCCCUGAGCCGCUCUGCCUUGCUGCCCCCAGGUGGGCCGCCACCCCCUGACCUGCCUGGGCCCAAAGACUGAGCCCUGCUGGCAGACUUCAAGGAGAAGCCCCCACAGGGGAUUUUGCUCCUAGAGUAAGGCUCAUCUGGGCCUCGGCCCCCGCGCCUGGUGGCCUUGUCCUUGAGGUGAGCCCCGUGCCCGUCUGGGCCACUGUCGGGACCACCUUUGGGAGUGUCAUCCGUACAAACCACAGCAUGCCCGGUUCCUCCCAGAACCAGCCCCAGCCUGGGAGGAUCAAGUCCUGGAGCCCGGGCCGUUAUCCCUCUGGGGACUCUGCCACAGCAGGGGAGGCUGGAGGGUUAACAGGGACCACAGACCCCUCACCACUCACAGAUUCCUCACACUGGGGAAAUAAAGCCAUUUGAGAGGAAUUGUG